AUGGGCGACUCCCCCGUCCUGUCCCUCAACCUCGGCCUCAACUUCAAGAUCAAGGUGCGAAGCCAGGGGGGGCCGCGCCCCCCCGCGCCCCCCACGCCCCCGGGGGCCCCCAGGAUCCCGAGGCCCCCCCGGAGCCCCGCGCCCCCCAUCCUGCCCGAGCCUGGCGAUGAGCAGGGCUCCGCGGCCCCCCCGGAGGAAGCGGGGGGCUGGGGGGGCCCCCCCGGCCGCGGGGUCACGACCCCCGCUCCGGGGCGCCCCCGAGACAAGCAGCUGGAGCUGGACAUCGCCAUCGACCUGACGGCGGGGCUGGACCCCCCCCCGGGCGGCUCGGGGGCGGCCGUGCCCCCCACCAGCCUCCUGGGGGGCCCUCCCGGACGCCCCCGGUUCCUGCCGGGCCUCUCGGAGCUGGCCGGGAGACUCAGCGCCGCCGGGUUCCUGUUUCCCACGGUGCCCCCCAAGAUCGGCCCCGAGGUGGGCAAUGGGUCCCUGGAGCUGGACGAGGCCGGGAGCGCUCCCUCCCCCGGCCGCCAGCCCUCCCGGGGGGCCGCGCCCCCCCCCGCCGCCGCCUCCGCCUGCACCCCCGGAUCUGCCUGCGGCUCGGGGGGGCCCGACCCCGGAGGAGCCUCCCCCGCGCCCCCCUUCUCCUGGCCCCCCCACUUCCUCCCCCUGGGCACCCCCUGGCCCGAGGCCGCCGCGCUCUGGGGCGCGGCCUGGGGGGGGCACGUCUAUGGGGCGGGGGCCGCCUUCGCCCUGCUGGGGCUGCUGGGCCUGGGGGGGCGGCUGCCCCCCGCCGCCGCCCGCGCCCUGUUCGAGCUGCCCUUCCCGUGCCUGGGCUGGGGGCUGGCGCUGGCCCCCCCCGCGCGGGGCGCGCCGGUGCUGCUGGCGCUGGGGGUGCUGCACCUGGGGGGGGCCCUGGGGGCCCUGGGGGCCGUGGCGGCGCUGGGAGGGCCCCCGGCGCUGCUGCUGCUGCCCCGGGCUCUGUUCGCGGCUCUGGCGGCCGCGUUGGCGCUGGGGGCGCUGGGGGGGCUGCGGCGCUGCGCGGGGGGGGGCGGGGGGCGCGGCAAGCGCGGCGGGGGGGCGCGGGCGGGGGUCCCGCGGCUCGUGGGGGCGGCGGGGGCGGCGCUGAGCGCGGGGCUGCAGCUUUUCGGGGCGCUGCAGGCGUGGGGCUGGGCGGUGACCCCCCCGCCGGGGCCCUGGGCCUGGUGGGGGCUCCAGCUCGGGGCGCGCUUGGCCGAGGUCGCCAUGGGGGGGGCGCUGGCGGCGCUGGCCUUCGCGGCCCCCACGAACCGCCGCGCCCCCCCCGGCGGCCCUCCCGAGCCCCCCGAGGGCGGCGGCGGGCGGGGGGCGGGGGAGGAGGCGAUGGGGCCCCCCGAGUCCCCCCUGGACGUGGACGGGGACCCCACGGCCGGGUACCGGCCCCCUUCCCCCAUCGACCUGCGCCGCUCCAUCGACGAGGCCUUGGGAGCGCCGGGAAUGUUCCGCGCCGGGAACGGCGGCAUCGGCGGCCUCGGGGGCACCGGGAACACCGGGACCACCCGGGUCAGCGUCAUCGGGAACGCCGCGGGCACUGGGAACACCGGGAUCGGUGCUACGGGCAGCACUGGGAAUAGCGGGAAAAGCAAGAGCAACGGGAUCAGCCUUCUCGGGAGCACCGGGAACACCGAGAUCAGCGUCAUCAGCGCCGCCGGCAGCACCGGGAACACCGGCAACACCGGCAACACCGGCACCAGCACCACCGCCUUACCGGGGGGCGGCACCAGCGCCAUUCCAGGGGUGGGCACGGGCAGUGGCGUGACCGGGAUCGGCACAGCUGGAGCGCCGGGAACCGCCAGCACUGGAGCAGCGGGAGCGGGCGCCACUGGCACGGCGGGGAGUGGCACAGCCGGCACACCUGGCGCAGCUGGAACAGCCGGCAAACCCGACACAGCUGGAACAACCGGCACAGCUGGCGCUCCUGGCACAGCCGGCACACCUGGCACAACCGGCAAAGCUAGCACAGCUGGAACACCUGGUACAACCGGCAAGCCUGGCACAGCUGGCACACCUGGUACAGCCGGCAAACCUGGCACAGCUGGCACAACUGGCGGGACAGAGCACGGCCCCCUCAGCACAACCAGGGACAGCAAAGCUGUGACACCGGGAAUUGGCACCGCCGGCACCCCUGGGACAGGGGCACUGGGCACCAGCACCACCAGCACCACCAGCACCACACCCGGAACACCCGGAACACAGGGCCCUGCAACACCUGGCACAUCAGCUCCCAGCUGCCCGGGCACUGCUGGGACACGGGGACCGGGCACCCCCGGCACCCGCGGCCCCCCCACCGCCCCCCGCCCCCCCGGCCUGUCCCGCGCCGCUUCCUGCGGGGGCCCUUCCGGGGGGGGCCCGAGGGCGCGGGGGGCGGCCCGGGGGGGCGAUCCCGGGGGGGCCGGUGAUGCCCCCUCGCCCCGGGGACCCGCCCGGGGGGGGCCGACCCCCAGCUCCCCCCCGCGGGGCGCCCCCCGCGCAGCGCCGCCCCCGCUGCGGCCGUCCCAGAGCUGGGCCGAGGGGACCCCCCGGCCCCCCCCGGCCCCCCAAACCCCCGGCGGGGGGGGGCCCGAGCCCCCCGGGGUCGGCGGCGGCCGCAGCCCGGGCAGUGACACCAUAGACUUGUAG